AUGUUCAGGGGAGACGGUGGCAAUAAUCCCGGAAACAAUUUGCAUGUAUCUGGUUUGAGCCACAAGGUGGACACGCGUGACCUCGAAGCUGCCUUCGCGAAGUGUGGGCGGGUCCAGAAGGCUCAGGUGAUGUAUGAUCCUCACACCCGCGAGUCCCGCGGCUUUGGGUUUGUUACGAUGGAGAGCGUUGAAGAGGCAGACGCCGCCAUCACUGCGAUGAAUGGUGCUGACCUCAUGGGCAAGGCCAUUUCAGUUGAAAGGGUUCGUGCAGCUGUGGUCUGCCCGGCCUGUACGGCAUCCUCACCCUAG